AUGAUUGCCGCUAACCCCACGGAGAUGCCGCCAGGAGAUUCGCCUGAGUUGGUUCUGGUCCCUGCCACACCAGAGGAACGGAUCAAGUCCAUCAGGCUCAACAGUGCAGCGUGGAAGGGCCGUUUAGACGUCGAGACGUACAUCGCAAGAGAGAACCAUUUGUAUCAGCAGCGAUUGGUUAAGGAUGGCUUGACCUGUUGGCUUUUGGUUGACCGUAGGGAGCCAGAAGGCCAACGGACGAUCUUGAGUUCUUGUGAGACAUACAAGAAGAAGGCUUUGCUGGCUCACCACGGCAAGGUGGAAGAUGUUGCUACCCAUGGAGUCGGGAGCGUCUAUUGUCGACCUGAACACAGAGGCAAAGGUUACGCCAAGAGAAUGAUGCAGGAAUUGUGCACGAAGCUGGAGACGUGGCAAAUGGAAAACGAGCCCAGAAGUAGAUCACUCUUCAGCGUGCUGUUUUCGGAUAUCGGAAAGAACUUUUAUGCGCAAUUUGGGUGGAAGCCGUUUCCUUCUUCGCACAUCUCUCUUCCACCUAUCUCCAGGGAAGAAUAUGACCUGUCCUCACGGGCAAAUCUACCAAAGGCGAGAACCUUGGUUGCCGAUGACGUUCGCAAAUGCAUGUGUAGCGAUCGAGUCUUACAAAAAGAACGGGAAUCCCUGCGUGCUGCCUCCGAGAAGACCCCAAUCGCCCACGUAGCAAUCCUUCCGGACUUUGACCAUUUCGUUUGGCACUGGGCGAGGGAAGAGUUCUAUGCAGAGAAGCUUCAUGACGACCGAGCCCCGCCGCUAAUCAAGGGCGCUGGUGAGGACAAGGCAAAAGUGUACUGUGCCUGGAACAGGAACUUUGGCGAGACACCCCAGGACAACACUUUGUUCAUUUUGCGAUGGGUGUAUGAUGAACCGACCACGCCGGAAGAGACUGAAGCGACAGCAAAGGCCAUGGCUGCUAUCCUGAGGAGGGCUCAACUCGAGGCUCACGAAUGGGAUAUGGCAAAGGUCGAUUUCUGGAAUCCAACUCCGCUGUUGCAGAAGGCAGUUGCCAUGCUAGAUUCCCCAGCAGAGCUGAUUCACCGAGAGAAAAGCAGCAUCGCUAGCUUGAGGUGGACAGGCGCCGCACAAGACCUAGGUGAAGAGGUCGAAUGGCUCUGGAACGAGAAAUAUGCAUGGUGUUGA